AUGGACCGAUCUGGACACCUCCUGGAAGAUAAGACUUUAGCGGAAUUCCUUGGUGUCGAGGAUGUGGACUGUGACAGUGGUAGUGUGGCCAAAGUCGAGAUGGAGGAGCAAUCCAAACCUAGCACACCUGUGCUUGGGGACAUUCCCCAUCCGGCACCCAAUCCGUUCCCAGAACUCAUUGCCGCGACUGCGCUAACAGCGCUGGGAGCAAUGUCAUCCAUGUCUACACCCAUUAUCACUAACUUGCUUGAUGAGGAGCAACAACUCAUGCGCGAUCAAGCGGCAAACGCACGGCGCAAGUCAGAAGUUCCGACAAAGUUGCAACGACACAGUGAAUUUACGUUCACUCCACCUAGCGUGGAAGAACUAGUUGUCAAGCGUCUCGCCAUACUUUGGCAACAUGUGCCACCGUCCCUGAGGCAAAAACGCCCACUGAAUUAG